AUGUCAGGCAGCAACAGUGCUCUUUCUCGGUUUGCGGAAAACACUCGGUAUAUUUUUGCCUGGGUCUUUCGAGGUGCGAUUGAUGUUACUGAAAAUGCCCGGAUGGGAAGUGGCUCUACUCAUGUACGGAAUCAUACCAACAAUCGGAAUGUCGCUAUUUCCCUACUCUCUGAUACGUACACCAAGGUUUCAGCGCAGGCGGCAUCAGAAAGUGCGCAUGCGGCGACGUUCGGAAACAGCGGCGCAUUGGUGACUUGGAAGGAGAUCUGGAACCCUAUUUUUUAUUUCAUCGCCACGGGAUGUCGCGGACAGUUUGCCGGUACAUUCUUCCAGCAAGUUGAUCCCGACGGUGAGAAGGUUGGAAGUCCCUUGAAAAGCACCAGUGCCUUUGUCGUCUGCGAUACGGUGAUGAUAGCUGCUGGGCGGGUCUGCUAG